CAGCCAGGGCUGUGGCUUCAGCCCCCACGUGCUGCUCCCUGCCAGGCUGAUGAGCUGGGCAAUGCUGAUGCCUGAAUUUUCAGCCCACGAGAGCAAUGCCUGUGCCUGGAGAACUUGCUGAAUGUGCAGGAUAAAAGAGAUGCCAAGUUCCUGUGCUCCUUCCUUCCGGCACAGGCAGGAGGGGCAGAGCCUGAGCUGCUCCUCUCCAGGCUCCUCUCCUGUUUGCUCAGCUCCAUGGAGAAGCUCCUGCACCUCACCUUGGUCUUCCUGGCAGCCCCCUGUUCCGCAGACAACAUCACCGUGGUGGCGGCCGCGGAGGGCGGCACGGUUUCCAUCAACUGCUCGUACGACGCGCGGCAGUGGUGGCGGGGCAAGCGCUGGUGCCGGCAGCGGGAGCAGGGCGGGUGCCGGGCGGUGCUGAGCGUCCCCCCCGCCUGGCUGCCCUUCCCGCGGAGCAGCAGCGGCAGCACCAGCCUCAGGGACGACCCCCGAGCCGGGCUGCUGACCGUGACCGUGCGCCAGCUGCGCCGGGAGGACGCGGGGCUGUACCGCUGCCAGAGCGACUUCCUGGGGGACACGCGGAGCCUCCGGGAGGUGCGGCUGGAGGUGCUGGCAGCUGACCUGGUGACCCACAAGCCAGAGGAGCCCAGAGCUGUGCAGAGCAUCUCCAGGUCCCCUCCUGAUGUGGAUUUCACUGUUUUCUACGUCCUCGCUGGAUUCCUGGUGGCCAAGUUCGCGGUGGCCGCGCUGGUUUGUGCUGUUGCCCACAGCAGGAGGAGCAGGGAGACAGAGCAGAAGCCAGGUCUGGGUGAGCAGCAGGUGCUCCCAUUCCCUGCUGGCCCUGGGCACGAUGGAAUCGGCCUCUCCUGGGAGAGCUCUGCGUGAGCCAAGCCAAAGGGAAUCCAUGGAAAAGGAAAAUCAGGCGUUGGCAGCUGCUGUAAGAAAAGGAUCGCUACUAAACACGGGUCUGGAGAGGGAACAUCCCCAUCUCCUUCAGGCAGUGAUUCCUGACAUCCUUCCCAGCACCAUUCCAGCACAGCCUCAGCUUCCAGUGCCUCAGGGCACAGCCAGGGACGUUCUGUCUUUCCAAGGUGAGGGAGAGCAGCUCCCAAGCGCUGCUUUGGACAUGGGGAUGCUUGAAGGAAACCCCUGCCAGGGGUAGGAAGUGCAGGAUACCCCAGGAGAGGGAUGUGGGUUCCUCCCAGCUCUGAGCCAGCUUCUCCUCUCUGAAGGCUCUUUGUGACACAGGAAUUCUCUGUUGUUCUCCCUCUUUCCUCUCCCAUGUGAUGGUUGUUCAUCCCUCCCCAGGGCGAGGCUGCCUCAGCUCUCCCAGCCUCCAAACUCACAUUUCUUUUUCCCUGCAAAACUAAAUAAAAUCCAGCUGAUUCUCUG